UUGGCAGUCUCGCUCCCCAGAACAACGAAGGGACUGAAUCCUAAAUACUACAAGGGUGUUCACACGCUAAGUCGUAUCCUGGUAUUUUUAAUCCAAUUGGACGGUCUGCAUGAUCUGAGAUUGAAACUCUUAUUUGCUCGUCAAGAUUGGAUACCCGUUGGCAUGAUGACACCCUGUACACCCCAAUCCUUCAGAUGGGAACGUGCGCUUAACGGCUACUGUUACCCCCGUUAUUACAUAAGGCGUGAAUUUCUUCUGCAAGAUCAUAUUUUGAUCCCUCAUCUCUGACGGACUCCAGGCCCGUUUAACGGUGGACGUACAGCAACCUCCUCCAACUAUCAACAUGGCAUUAGAAGAGAAGAAUUCAACCAUGGAGAGAAGUUCCAUCUUUGAAGAGACGGGGCCUGAGAAGGUACCGUGGGCUUCAUCCCCAGAAUACUUACACGUAUCCAUGAAAGCUGGUCUGAACCAGGAGGACGCGCAAUUUCUCCACGAAAUAUCUAAAGACGAACAGAACAAGAUCUUUCACAAAGUUGAUUGGAGACUAUGUCCCAUGCUAGCAGUCUUGUACCUCAUAUCGCACUUGGAUCGGGCAAAUAUCGGAAACGCUAAAAUUGAAGGCUUGGAGAAAACGCUCAACAUGACCGGAACAGACUACAACGUCGCCCUCAUGGUCUUCUUUAUCCCAUACGUCCUUUGCGAAAUACCCUCCAACAUGCUGCUCUCCCGGUUCUCUAAGCCGUCCGUAUACAUGGGCGUCCUGAUCCUCUGCUGGGGUAUCGUCAUGACGUGCAUGGGCGUAGUGCAGAGUUUCGGUGGCCUCUGCGUUACACGCUUUCUUUUGGGGUUCUUUGAGGCCGGCUUCUUCCCCGGUGCGAUUUACCUCGUUGGGCAAUGGUAUCCACCUGAGCGCACGCAGUUUCGUAUGGCAUUGUUUUAUUGUGCGAGUGCAGCUAGUGGAGCUUUCUCGGGCUUGCUGGCGGCAGGCAUUGCAAAGAUGAACGGUGUGGGUAACUAUGAAGGCUGGCGUUGGAUCUUCAUCAUCGAAGGCAUCGCUACUGUUUUUAUGGGCGUCGCUGUAUUCUGGCUCCUUCCGGACUCGCCAGAGCAUGCAGCUGGUCGGUGGCUAACGCACGAUGAAGCCCGGUUUUUGCGACUAAAUCAUAUCGUAACGCGUGGCAUGGCGACCAAAAAGAAGGUCAACCCUGACGGCAAAAAGGAAAGAGUCAAGUGGAGUCUUUUUGGCCAGGUCGCAAAGGACUGGCAGAUCUACCUUCAAGCCAUGAUCUUCGCAUCGAACGCGGUGCCAAACUAUGGCUUGAAGUUUACGAUGCCCCAGAUUCUGAAGAAUAUGGGCUUCACUUCCACCAACGCGCAGCUGAUGACCGCACCGCCGUACGCCUGUGGCGCCAUCUCCGCACUUCUCUCCGCCCUCUUAGCUGACCGGUAUACGUGGCGCAUGCCAUUUAUCGCGGGUGCACAGGCCCUGCUAAUCAUCGCAUACGCCAUCCUUUUUGCCAAAGCCGAGGCCAUCAAAGACAAUGUAGCGCUCUGCUACUUUGCUGUCCACGUUGCCUGCGUUGGCAUAUACCCGAUCUUGCCAGGAUGCAAUGCUUGGACAAUUAACAACCUUGCUGGCCCUGAGAAGCGAGCAGUUGGCAUUGCGACUAUGAUAUGUAUAGGAAACCUAGGCGGAAUUGUAGGCUCCUUCAUCUACCAAGAACGCGAGUCUCCCAGAUACCCCACUGGUUUUGGAACCUCUCUCUCCUUCGCUGCUGCGGGAAUGCUGUGUGCGUUUACGCUCGAGUACCUUUUCUGGAAGAUCAAUAGCAAGAACGCUGAGAAGACGGAAGACGAGUGGCGGGCCAUCUACACGGAAGGGCAGUUGGAGAAGAUGGGGGACCGAAGCCCAUUAUUCAAGUAUCAUCUUUGAGAAACAAGUCCUCUAGAACAAUCUGCUGUUUCGAAUACUCGAUAUCAGCACAGGCUAGAGGGUUUUCCAUAACACUAUUUCCAAUAGACUUCAUCACCUCUUCUCCUACUGACCAUAUCCCUAACAUCACUAAGCCUUGGCAAAAUUUAGAAAGCUACAUCAGCUUGAGCGAA